GGUCUCUUCUUGUCCAUGUACCUGGUCACAGUGCUCGGGAACCUGCUCAUCAUCCUCGUUGUCUUCUCUGACUCCCACCUCCACACCCCCAUGUACUUUUUCCUCUCCAACCUGUCCUUCGCUGACAUCUGUUUCACCUCCACCAUGGUCCCCAAAAUGAUUAUGGACAUCCAGAGAAACAGCAGAGUCAUCUCCUAUGUGGGCUGCUUGACACAAAUGUCUCUUUUUCUCAUGUUUGCAUGUAUGGACGACAUGCUUCUGAGUGUUAUGGCCUAUGACAGGUUUGUGGCCAUCUGUCACCCCCUGCAUUAUCCAGUCAUUAUGAAUCCUCGCCACUGUGGCUUCUUAAUUGUGCUGUCUUUUUUGUUUAGCAUUUUGGACUGUCAGCUCCACAAUUUAACUGUCUUACAAUUUAUGUACUUCAAGGAUGUUCUCAUUUCCAAUUUCUUCUGUGAACCUGCUCAACUCCUUAAUCUUGUCUGUUCUGACAAUUUCUUCAGUAACAUUUUCAAAUACAUUGCUGGUGUGUUAUUCGGAUUUUUUCCAGUCUCGGUCAUAUUUUUAUCUUACUAUAAAAUUAUUUAUUCUGUUUUAAGAAUUCCAUCACCUGGAGGGAAGUUUAAAGCCUUCUCCACCUGUGGGUCUCACUUAUCAGCUGUUUGCUUAUUUUAUGGAACAAGCAGUGGUGUGUAUUUUGGUUCAGCUAUAUCACAAUCUCCCAGAAAUUGUUUGAUUGCCUCAAUCAUUUACACCUUGGUCACCCCAAUGCUAAAUCCAUUUAUCUACAGCCUGAGGAACAAGAACAUUAAAAGAAGCUUGAGCAGGUUCCACAGUAGAAAAUUAAAAUCUUAG